AUUUCUUUCAUCGUCAUAUCUCUCUUUGCCUCCAGGUGAGAAAACGGGCUCAGGUGCAAACAUUUGCAAGCUCCACCUUCAGUUCUUUCCUGGAUGUGCUGCUCAGCUGUUUUGUCUUCCUGGCCCUCGCCCUGGCCUGCUUCCUCCCGCCGUUGGUUAGUCCAGCUACUGUGGGCUCUCCUUCUCCAGCUGCCCUGGCUGUACCACCCUUGGCUGGUCUCUUUGAGCUGGCCUCACUUGUGCUGUCCAUACGUAUGGCCUUCUAUUUGGAGGAGGUGAUGCACUGUACACACUCCCUGCUCCUGGCAGUCUCUGGAUGGGUUCCUCGACAUGUGAUCGGGGCGGUGUUGGUGUCCCUUCCUGCCAUCUCUGUCUUAUCUCAUUUCACAUGCAGCGUCCACCAGCCCCUCCAGGUGACUAUGUUUCUGUGCUGUGCCACCAUCCUGGCCAUCAUCCAGUAUUGUAACUUCUGUCAGCUGAGUUUCUGGAUGCGCUCAGUCCUGGCCACUGUGACAGGGGUCACUCUGCUUGUGCUGGUCUAUAUCCCUCUACACAAGAACAGGUGAGCAGCAGUUUGCUGUUGGCACAUUCACAGAAAUACCAAAUGCAAAUAUGUUGUACCUCCAUGGUUGGAGAGCACAGAUCCAUUUGUGAAGGUAGUUGGUAGGGUUUAUUUCCAUGCUCUUUAAACUGUCCUCCAACAGGCCAAGGAAGUGAAAAAAAAAGUAACAAUCACCGUACAUACUCAGGCAUUGAAAUAGAGACUAAAGGUUGUUAAAGAUUAAGGCUGGCACACAAAAUCAGAUUUGGAAUAGGUAGGUCCAUUUAGUGUCCACUCUCACAUAAUUUAAGGCAAAACCACAAAUGUAAAGUCGUAUUCACUCUCACCAUGACGGUGAUCUUUAAUAUUAAGAGAUGUAUUUUUUUCAUCUCUCAUAUACAGGUGCACGUUUGCUUUGAGAGUAUUAAUAGAGAAGUUCAUAGGGCUGCAGGCACUGUGGUGUUGUGAAUUUAGAGAAAGCAUACAGUAUAAUACGGCGACUUUGUAGGAACUGUGGUACUGUACGAGGUGGUCAGGAGUGGCAGUCAAGUAUUUGAGGGCCAUUCAGGGUGCAGGCAGGAUGGAACUGAUGGAGGUGAGUGUCGUAGGUGAUUUAUGACAGAAGAUGAAGACGAUUUGUCACAUGACAGCAAGGUUGAA